AUGGCUGCGACUGCUGCCGUCAGCCCCAGUGAAUACCUGCAGCCGGCCGCCCCGGCUCUCCAGGACUCCCAGCCGUCUCCUCUCGCCCUCCUCGCAGCGACAUGUAGCAAAAUCGGUCCCCCCGCAGUGGAAGCCGCCGUGACUCCUCCUGCCCCUCCUCAGCCAACACCUCGCAAACUUGUCCCCAUCAAACCUGCUCCGCUCCCUCUGGGCUCCGGUAAGAACAGCUUUGGGAUCCUGUCAUCGAAAGGGAACCUCUUCCAGAUCCAGGGCUCUCAGGUCGGCACCUCCUACCCCGGGGGGCAGCUGGUUUUUGCCAUUCAGAACCCAACUGUCAUCAACAAGGGCAGCCGCUCGUCCGCCAACAUCCAGUACCAGGCGGUGCCCCAGAUCCAGGCCGCGGGGGGACAGACCAUCCAGGUCCAGCCCAACCUCACCAACCAGAUCCAGAUUAUUCCGGGCACGAAUCAAGCAAUCCUCACCCCUUCCUCUUCCUCUCACAAGCCUGUGCCCAUCAAACCCGCUCCGGUGCAGAAGGGUGGAGCUUCGCCGGUGCAGGGCACAAGCAACGUGGUCAAGUUAGCUGGCGGCAGCAACGUGACUCUUACCCUGCCCGUGAACAACCUGGUGAAUGCCGCUGAGCCGGGCGCGCAGGCUCAGAUCCUUGCAGAGAGCCCCUCGAAGCCCAGCAAAAAGACUCGAAAGAAAGCCAUGUCGCCCGCCCAGCCCGCCGCCGUGGCCGUGGCCGAGCAGGUGGAGACGGUGUUAAUAGAGACCACGGCGGAGAACAUCAUCCAGGCAGGCAACAACCUGCUCAUCGUGCAGAGCCCGGGCUCCGGCCAGCCGGCCGUGGUGCAGCAGGUACAGGUGGUGCAGCCCAAGCAGGAGUCGCAGGUGGUGCAGAUCCCGCAGCAGGCCCUGCGUGUGGUCCAGGCCGCCUCCGCCACGCUCCCCACCGUCCCCCAAAAAUCCUCGCAGAACUUCCAGAUCCAGACGACGGAACCCACUCCUACGCAGGUCUACUUCAAAACGCCGUCGGGCGAGCUGCAGACAGUGCUGCUCCAGGAAGCUCCAGCCAUGACGGUGGCUCCGUCUGGGACCUCUUGCAGCAGCCCCGUGUCCCGCAGCUCCAGCACGGGGGGCAGCAGCAAGAAACCAGCCACGCGCAAAGAACGCACUCUGCCAAAGAUCGCCCCCGCCGGAGGCAUCAUCAGCUUGAACGCAGCUCAGCUGGCAGCCGCAGCGCAGGCCAUGCAGACCAUCAACAUCAACGGCGUGCAAGUCCAGGGCGUGCCUGUCACCAUCACCAACACCGGAGGCCAGCAGCAGCUGACUGUGCAGAACGUGUCCGGCAACAACCUGACCAUCAGCGGCCUGAGCCCGACUCAGAUCCAGCUCCAGAUGGAGCAAGCGCUGUCUGGAGAGAUCCAGCCGGGGGAGAAGAGGCGGCGGAUGGCGUGUACCUGCCCCAACUGCAAGGACGGGGAGAAAAGGCCGGGGGACCCAGGGAAGAAGAAGCACAUCUGCCACAUCCCCGAGUGUGGGAGGACCUUCCGGAAGACCUCGCUCCUGCGCGCUCACGUGCGCUUGCACACGGGCGAGCGUCCUUUCGUCUGCAACUGGGUCUUCUGCGGGAAGCGUUUCACACGCAGCGACGAGCUGCAGCGGCACGCUCGCACGCACACAGGGGACAAGCGAUUUGACACCCGCUCCCCGCGGCCGGAGGGAGUGGGACGCGCGGCCACGGGCUCUCCCACCAUGAGGACGCGGGGCUGA